CAUUUUGGCCAUUACAAAUGUAGCAAUUGCCUCCCAAGAUAAGGACAUUUAGACGUUGAGCAGCUCUCGUUCUUCACAUACGGCCCAAAAGCGACCAAUCCUAGAACAUCUCUAACAUGGCUGAGAAAUCUUCCAUCAACCGCUCCAUCGAAGUAAUCCGCAAAGAACUCGAAAUACUUCAAAAAGCGGGAGCGCUGCGAUGGGAGCAGCUCAAUUCGAUUACGGCACAGUUGCCCGCACCGGGUGGUCAACCUUCCGCCUACGUCGACGCCCGCUACGCUCCAGGUGGUACAGGCAAGAACGCCGUCGUCAGUCCCGCGCUACCGCAGACCAUUGCUCAGCAGGCCCAGGAUCCCAAUCACCCAGCGAAUCCGAAUCACCGCAAGCAUGAAGAAUGGGCCAAGGACUUGGCUGCCAAGUUCGGCAACGCGUUUGUUUUCGGCAGCGGAGCGACACUCGGUGCUGAUAUGGUAAACAGUGUUUGGAACAACAUCUGACAGUAAUGAAACCAACAACUCGUCAUGACAGCGUCUCUUGGGUCGAGCGAACAGCGACUGGAGGACAUCUAGUUAUCCUCCUCUCGUUCCCAGUCGCAGAAACCAGCUAGUCGACAAG